UUUCCGGAAAAAGAACCGGAAGUCAUGUGACUUCAUAGUCAGCUGACUUGCUUUGGACGUCUUUACGGUCACGACUGUAGCGAUUAAUUCAAACCCACUCGUCAGUGUUUCUCGGGCCUCCGUAAAUCCAACCAUGGCGCUCAGCGAUGCAGACGUUCAGAAGCAGAUUAAGCACAUGAUGGCCUUCAUUGAGCAGGAGGCAAAUGAGAAGGCAGAGGAAAUUGAUGCAAAGGCCGAGGAGGAGUUCAACAUUGAGAAGGGUCGCCUGGUCCAGACCCAAAGGCUGAAGAUAAUGGAGUACUAUGAGAAGAAGGAGAAGCAGAUUGAGCAACAGAAGAAAAUCCAAAUGUCAAACUUGAUGAACCAGGCUCGACUGAAGGUGCUAAAGGCCCGGGAUGACAUGAUCUCAGAAAUGCUGAACGAGGCCCGUCAGCGGCUCGCCAACGUGGCUAAAGAUUCAGCCAGGUAUUCAACUCUGAUGGACGGCUUAAUCCUACAGGGAUUCUACCAGCUGCUGGAGCCCAAAGUGACGAUUCGCUGCCGUAAACAGGACGUCCAGUUGGUGCAGCAAUCCGUUCAGAGGAACAUCCCCAUUUAUAAAGCAGCUGUGAAGAACAACCUAGAGGUCCGCAUCGACUCGGACAACUUCCUGUCUCCGGAUAUAUCUGGAGGUAUUGAGAUGUUUAACAACGACGGGAAAAUUAAAGUGUCCAACACCCUGGAGAGCCGACUGGACCUCAUGGCUCAGCAGAUGAUGCCUGAAACCCGAGUGGCUCUGUUCGGUACCAACCCAAACCGCAAGUUCUUGGACUGAAGACCUUCACAGCACUCCAGAGGAACACUCCUUUUUAUUUCUCGUUGUUUUAUGAAAGACAUCAUUCCUUUUAUCUGUGAAACGAAAUUUGCCGACGCAGGGAAAGACUCGUUUGUGUGCUGUGUUGUGUAUUUCUAAGGGAAACGACGGAAGCUGUAGCGUAACGGUCCAGAUGUGCUCAGAGGCUUCCUGCACAGCUGUAAGGUCGAUGUUUCUCUCCCCGUUUUAUUUCGGUGGGCUGAGUUUACAGUGAUUAGUCAGGGAUCGAGCUGCGUGUUUAACAGGUUGACCUCUAAUCGGAUCAGGCUUCAUGACAAACCCGGCUCUUGUGUCGCCGUUUCAUUAACUUCUGCAGCACAUUAUGAGUUGCAUGGGGUAUUGUGGGACUAAUGCAUGUCCGCCACCAACCAAUCACAAAUAAACGGUAUCCUAGAAACCAAACCCUGUAAACGACCUGUCAGCAGUAACUUAUUGAUGUUGCAUCGAGUGUGUUCUUAUUCAGAGGGUAUGCUGUAUGUAAAUGAGGUUUCCUGAGUAAAUUAUUUGUGUGUGCUUUUGUUUGUGAUCGUGUUCAAAUGUAAAAACAUAAAGAUAUAAUUAGACGUUC